AGACUAGAAGAAACAUUUGGGGCUCACUCUGAUCUCAAAGAUAAAUUUGUUGAAAACUUACCAGUCUUAAUGAGUGGCUCAAAAGCACGGCUAUAAGUUGAGAACAGAAGCCGCUACUAUAUCUGACAUCGUAUUUAUUUGGUCAGGAAAAUCUUAUUUUUAUCAGGCUAAAGGCAGGAAAAAGUCAGGGAAUUUUGAAAAGUGAUGCCUGUGGAAACCAUUAUUGAGCGCUACUCAGGCACUUCACGUGAGUAGGUGUUUAGAAACCCAACAACCACUUGAUUAUUUUACAACCAAGCGGACAAAGAUGUUUUCUUAUUUCUUAGUUAAGGCCAUUGGAAAGUUAUCAUAUAGUAUUUCACAGUAGUCUGGGGUUGAAGUUUGAAUAUUACAUAGUUUUAAUAUCUGAUUAAAAACAAGUAAAGUUAGUUUAAAUUUCAGUCCACUUCUGAGGGCAUUUAUUCACUUGCUCAAUUGAAAUACAAUGUCGGCCAUGUAAUGAGCAUAGUGGGUUUUGCAUUUGAAGUGAGACAUUUCGUAAGCCAUGCUAGCUACGUCCUAUGGGCAAACUAAAGGUUAAGCGUAUGUGGUGUUCUAGUGAAAUUCAGAGCUGACUUUUAUAAAAAAUCAUUUUCGAUUUCUCAGUUUGCCAAGUUCUCAAGUGUCCACUGCGGGUCUCACGAUUGAACGAGACUUGCUGGCCGAUAUCACAGCAGUAAAAAUCCGAUCGAAAUUUGUUGAUCUGUAUAUCGCAUUUUAAUGUCAGCUAUACAAAAAAAAAAACAAAUUCGCACGCGGUAGAAAACUCCAGUGAUGUUGAUUACUCUUUAAUCUAAACUUCCUAUAACUGAAUGAAAACAAAAAUCUACGAAAGCAGUCAUCAUAAGGCUGCUUUUUCAUUUAUUUAUCUUCUCAAUUGGAUUUUGCUCAUAUAUUUAAAUUGUGUCUCAAGUUCUCAAAAUAUUGGCAAAAAUUUUACGACUUGUAAUGUUCCUGAAAUGUCGGGUUUUACACCCUGGAGUGCAUACCUACUUCAAUAUAAGGGAGCAGUUGUUUAAGUAUGAAUUAAAUAUGAUGUCAGCACAGCGGUCAAAUAAAUAAAUGACAUGUUCACCGUGAAUAACUGAUGACGUCCGGUUAUUUGUACUGGAGUCGCCCUCUGUGCUUCUGGCGAUUUCGUGGCCUUUUCGCUAAUUCGUACCAGGUCAUUGUAUUUUCUAGGUAACCAGUCAUUUGUAUUUCCGUAAUUAAGUCUUGCGGACUUUUUUUAUCUCGGUUUUUUUUUCCUAUUUUGUCCCGAAAAUUUCGCGGUGGCAAAUUUCUGGUCUGGCACUCGACGACUGGUUUGUGGGAGAAGAUAACGAACGAAAUUGCAUUUUAAAGAGGCACAGAAGUCUCCACUAGAAACCCGCUUCAGUUUUGCGGCAUCUGAGCUGAGAACAACCGAGCUAACUGUCGUGUCACUAAAAAAACGAAACUCCAGUGAAACCGAACGAACCGGAUGCCGUUCAGCGCUAGAAAAUAACCAUCACGAGACUUCAACACUGUUCAGCUUAUCAAAAACUGCUCUGUUUCUAGAUCCUUUAGCACUGAUGUACCACACUCUGUUGUACCAAUUAAGACUGCGAUGAAUCUUAUGUAAUUUUACACUGGCUCAAGGCGAAGACAUCCGAUCCAAGAGAGAGUUGAAUCGGCUGAGCACCUGUCAUCACAACUUACAGAAUAUUUCGCAAAACGAUACGCCUCAUUUCCAUUUAUUGAUGAAAUAUAGUGCCUUUCGCGCCAUUGUAAUUAUUUCGCUGCUGUGAUCUCACAGUGGAAGUAAUUAUUUAGCUUGCCUGUUAAUAUAAAAACCUCCAGGCCAUCAUAUAUUGUCUCAGGAGUUUUUUUCCUGGCAGCUGAACUAAAUAUAAUACUGGAAGAAAAACACUUUUUCGCGAUAAUCUCCUUCGUUUAACCACAACAGAAGAGAGUUUACAUCUGGCGUUGUGUCACGUUGUGGACACGUAGUGACGAGAAAAUUAUUGGACUGACACUUUUGGCUUCAGCCAUGUUUAACAAUACUACUGAAGACCUGUCAGGCGACAUCCUGCCAGAGUUACACACCUACCGCCAUAUUGAGCUGGCGUCCGCGAUUGUCCUGUGUGUUCUGUCACCGGUUACUGUGAUAUCGAACGCUCUGCUUUUGACGGCGAUAUAUAAGGAUCCUUUGAGGUGUUUCCGUACUCCAAUGACCUUCUUUAUUGCGGGUCUUGCCGUGGCUGACUUCCUCAUUGGAUUGACGGUUGAACCGUUUUUUGCCGCUUAUUACUUUAGGGAGAGGCCCAGCGAGAGUUUCAGGUUAAUUCACAGAAUAGGAGGCAUCAUCUCCACAGUUGCAAUUAGCUUGUCUUUCUUCGUUGUAUUGGCGCUGUCGGUGUGUCAGUACAUUGCGGUAACGUACCCACACCAAUUCAAAGAAAUUGUGUCUAGAAAUCGAGUUUUAUCCUUCCUCACUGUUAGCUGCGUGUACCUCACGAGUUUCUGUAUGUUGCAGUUUACAGGAAUGAACAUGAGCACGUUCUUAAAGAUGGACCUUAUCAUUCACCCCACAUUGUUUUCACUCAUUCUAAUAAUAGUCCAGGUCCUACUUUACACCUCGUUCAACCGGCAUCUACAACAAAGCAACACGCUUCGCAGAAAAGCAUCCUUAAACCAGUCGCUGCAGAAAGUGAACUCGUACAAGAGGAGACACAAUGAACGCCAGUUCACCGUCAUGACAUUUUAUCUCACAGCCAUCUUGCUAGCUUCGGCUUCUCUGCACAAUGUGGUCCUGUAUAUUUAUCUCUUUAGGAAGCCAAAAAACAAGGUCGAAAAUGUCAACAUCCACAUUGGACUUCGCAUCAGUGAUCUAAUGCUCUUUAUUAAGGUCGCUUUAGACGUGUUUAUCUAUGCAUGGAGACUUCCUUCUUAUCGUAGAGCUCUCAGGUACACGCUAUUUGAUCGUCGAUCCAUGUCGCGACCGUCUUCCACACUGCGGAAAACCAGUGGUGGUAUUACAGGCAUGCAAGGGAUUGGUCGAAGAGAGCCUGGAACAGAACAUACAUCAACAGUAUAACUUUGACACUGAACUUUUUGUGUGGGCUUACAAAAAUUGCAACCCAAAGUUUGGGUAAAGAUUACCCGGAAAUUUAAACUGAAAGGUUUUUCCUUUGUAAGUUAUUGGGAGCCCAAGAAUUAUAGGAAGUGAAAUUCAGCGUCUCACUUCCUGGGCUUUUUCCUAGACGAUUUUCAAAUUUCGGGGAGAAAGGCCUGAAAACGAGUGAUACUUACAAGACAGUGGUAGCCACAGCGACUAAAGAUGCGUAUUUCCUUUGUACAAAGAACACAGUCUAGUAAAUGACAGGGAAAUCGCUGUGUUGUAAAGCAAUUUGAGUCAAUAAGAUCAUCUCAUACUAAAAUUGAACAAGAGAAAAUAAAUAUUUGUUAAAUCCGAUCGGAUUUUUGCCUUGUCCCUUUUUUUCCGUCACAUGCAAAUUAGUGAAAGACACCAAAAAUAUCGUCCCAUUGCGACAUGUCGUAGACAAAUUGGCUGCUUUGUGGUCUUUGUAGUAUAAUAAAAUUAUUGGAUUUACCAGAAAAGUCAAAAUUAAAAUCAUGUGGUUUAUUUAUUUAAAGUUUAUAUUUAUCAAGAGAAUUAUCUGGCAAUUUUUUUUUUAAGAUGUUAUGGACCCACCAGCGAGAUUUUCAGCAGAGAUAUACUAAAUAAAAUGACCGCUCUUUCUUCUGGAAGUCAAAGCUCUAUUAUAUGAAUUUCAUCUCUCCGUUAAAUAAAAUAUCGGUUUCCAUUUGUGAACUGAGUAGCUUGAGUUCAGACGUCUACGAUUUUUUUUUUUUUUUUUCACUUUUUACGCGCGAAAAGUAACCUGCGAUUCGGUCUUUUUGGGUGAACGGGAAGGGCCAAAAAAAGAACGCCUGAUCGCAGCUUAUACGCGAACGGAAAAAGUAGACGUCAGCACGUCUCUGAUCUCUCCCGCACCAUAAUGAAGAGGGCUCCAAAAACAGGUAGCAAGCAAAACCCAGCGGGUACACAUUGGAUCGGUGAUUGAUUCAUCAAUUCGGCCGAAGUUCUUCACGAAAGAUUAAGCAAAGCCGGCACAACUUGAUCACAACCGGUCACCAUUAUGUAUAGAGCAAGUUACAGAAUUUUGAUACGAAGGUGUUUUAAAGAGUGAUUAUUGUGAAAUAAAGUGUAAUGCACACAAUUUCCCUAAUGCGGAGAGAGCUAGUGAAGAUUUUAGUCCCGAUAAGAUGAUAGUCGUAUUAUAUUGUAUUAAGACGGCGGUUUUGCAGAAAGACCACUCGAAAAUGGAUCGAUCAUAUAUUUCCUUGUCAGGAUAAAGGAAGUUUUAUCUUAUUCAGUGGUGAUGAGAUGAAAAACAGUUCCUUUGCUUCUACAGAUGAACUUAAGUCUGGUAAAACGCUCACAACAUUUUAAACCACGGAGUACACUCCCUAUAGCAGACUACCGGGGUUGUUCCACCCUCCACCCUUUUCACCUGAAGUAUCUGAAACGAUAUGGGAUUUCUCGCACUGAAGAAAUUCAGAAGAGAAAAGGAAACUGUCUCAAUUAAGAAUUUAAGAGUGCCAUUCAAGAUAUUUCGAACAAACA